UUACACUUGGCACAAUGCAGUCAGGCAAGUACCGUUCUCCUGGCAACUGCCAAACCCAGACACGUCCAUUGGAUUGUCAGACAGAGAAGCGUGAUUGGUCACUCCAGAGAACACAUCUCCACUGCUCUAGAGUCCAGUGGCGGUGUGCUUUACACCCCUGCAUCUGACGCUUUGCAUUGCACUUGGUGAUUUGCUUCCACUUUGUUACAAUCGUGGAAUAUUUAGUAGCAAGGAAAUGUCACGGAUGGACUUAUUGCAGAGGUGACAACCUAUCACGGUACCACGCCUGAAUUCACUGACCUCCUGAGAGUGACCCAUUCUUUCACAAAUGUUUGUAGAAGCAAUCUGCAUGCCUAG